UGGCAGGAACCGGCUAUUUUGCUGCAGUGAAAAUUGCUGCUGAAAAGCACCCUCGUCUCCGCGAAAAGGUCAUUCAAUAUGGCACAGCAGGAUUCCGAACCAAAGGUGAAGAACUUGACCAUGUCAUGUUCAGAAUGGGAGUGUUGGCUGCACUUCGGUCACAACUUAAAAGAGCUGUAAUUGGAGCUAUGAUCACAGCAUCACAUAACCCUGAGGAGGACAAUGGAGUCAAGCUGGUGGAUCCUCUUGGAGAGAUGCUGGAAGCUGCCUGGGAGAAACUGGCCACCAAACUGGCUAAUGUCAGUGAUUCUGACCUCCCAGCUGUGCUGUCAGACAUAGUCUCCAGUUGUGGCAUAGACACAGCUGUUCCUGCACAGGUGUUCCUUGCCAGGGAUACUAGGCCCAGUAGUCCAUCCCUUGCUCAAGCUAUAAUCGAUGGAGUCCAAGCAAUAAACGGAGAGAUCAAGGACUAUGGUAUAUUAACCACUCCCCAGCUUCAUUUCAUGGUUAGAUGUGAAAAUUCUCAAGGUCAAUAUGGGAGCCAAACUGAAAAUGGCUACUACACAAAACUAUCUAAUGCUUUUUUGAAACUCAGGGGUCAUGAACACCAAAAUGAGCGCUAUCACCCACAACUCAGGUUAGAUGGAGCAAAUGGAGUAGGUGCCUUAAAGAUUAAAGAAAUGCAGAAGCAUUUGAACAACUCUUUGCAAAUAGAAUUGUUCAAUGAUGGGAGUAGCGGCAAGUUGAAUUACAUGUGUGGCGCAGAUUACGUCAAAGUCCAGCAAACAGCUCCUAAUGGUAUGCCCAAGGAAGCCAGGGUCAGGUGUGCAUCCUUUGAUGGUGAUGCUGACAGGAUAGUUUACUUUUACCAGGAGAAAAAUGGAACAUUUAAGCUAUUAGAUGGCGAUAAAAUAGCAACUCUAGUUGCUGGUUAUUUGAAGGAACUUGUGAACAGCAGUGGACUGAAUAUCAACCUAGGCCUAGUUCAGACUGCCUAUGCCAAUGGCAGCUCCACAAGCUACAUUACUAAUGAAUUGCAAGUCCCAGUGGCUUGUGUGCCCACAGGUGUGAAACAUCUCCAUCACAAAGCCCUGGAGUAUGACAUAGGUGUGUACUUUGAGGCAAAUGGACAUGGGACCGUGGUCUUCAGUGAAAAAAUACAAGAUAUGGUUCUCAUGGCAGCUAAUGAUUCCAGUCUUUCAAAAGACCAAGAGCAUGCCGCAAGAAGACUGUUAUGGAUAAUUGGUCUAAUAAAUCAGACUGUAGGUGACGCCAUCUCUGAUCUCCUGUUAGUAGAAACAAUCUUACAUUCCAAGGGGUGGAGCAUAGAGGACUGGAAUGAUGCCUACACUGAUCUUCCAAACAGACAACUCAAAGUCAAGGUGAAAGAUAGAACUGUGAUUCAGACCACAGAUGCUGAGAGGAAAACUACCUCGCCUAAAGGGUUGCAGGAGGCCAUUGAUGCUUUGGUGGAAAAGUAUCCAGAUGGCAGGGCCUUUGUCAGGCCUUCUGGAACUGAAGACAUUGUUAGAGUUUAUGCCGAGGCAGAAACUCAGAAAAAUGCUGACAUGCUUGCUCAUGAAGUAUCAGUGGAGGUGUAUAACCUUGCUGGUGGCGUAGGAGAGAAGCCGACCCCUCCUCAGUGAACUGCCUGUCUGAUCUGUUACCAUACAGCAGGACCAGUGUCAUCAGUCAUGCAGUAUUCUAGUCUUAUAUUAUAUUAUAUUAUUUUAUAGAAGCUUUUGUAACAAACUAAUAACAAGGGGUGCAACAUGUUGGAAAAGGUGUAUUAACACAAGCCAAGAGACUUACAGGUCAGAAAUUGGCAGCUUUACCUCUAAUGAACAAUGACAGUGUUGUUUCUUUAUUCUAUUUAUUUAUUCCUUAAUUUUAGUCUUAUUUGUGAUAUAUAAGGAUCUCUUUGUAAUUUAGAUUCAUUUCACACUUGUAUUACAGCUGAUAAUGUAUACAUGUUUGUCACUAUUUUGCUAGCUGUAAUGCUUUCAUUUUGAAUUUGAAAGUUCAUUUACAGUAAGUUUGUUUUCCCAUCCGCUUACUAUGUUGUUAAUCGUGGAAUGAAGCAAGCUGCAGGAGAAUUGCAAGUUUGUUCAGUCAUUAUAAUUCUGCCUGACUAUAUACAUGUAUUACAUACCAUGCCCUGAUUUCUACCCUCUCCAUGCAGGGGGGUGGGGGAGCUGGGAGAGGGGGAAGUUCCAAAAAAAAAAAGUGAAAGUACAGUUGGGAUAAUUUGGUAUAAUUAAAUGAGACGAAAAAUAUAAAGAUUUUCUUUUGAAGUUGUACACAACAAUGGAUUCCAUAGUCAGUGUUUAUUGUUUAGUCUUUUGGUAGACCCACAGUGGAUAUUACUGCACAUUUAGCCUUCUGUUGAUGCCUAUCUGUCUGUUGCAGAGUGUAGAGGGCAUAACACCUUGUAAAUGAAACUGUUAGCUCAGUAAAAGGGGAAGUGGUGAUUGCUAUCUUUUCCUGAAAGCUAAAUAGUAAUAGAUACAGUGUAAUUGGUGGCAUUGAAUGGCUUGCCUUCCUUUAUUAUCAUAUGUCUAGAUAAUAGACAGCAGCCAUACUGUAACAAGACCUGAUCUCUCUUUCUGAAUGAUGCUGAGGUGGAUGUCCAGAACAAAAGAUUGUGCUAUGUAUCUCACACAGGUGCAUCUGUCACGCAGGAAUGCAAGUUCCACCAUGCUUGUGCCUUUUUACUCCACAUUCAAAGUAGUAUACAUAAGUCAGAUACACCAUGAGUCCCCAAAGUGCAUGUGACUCACACUUCCCACUGUCACAUGCACCUUGAUGACUCGUGAUUUCACUAUGACAUAUUUCUCAUUAUAUAAUAAUUAUUAAGUAUGAAGAGUAUUCAUAUACUUUUUUCUGUUGUGUUAAACCUUUAGGAUGAGAGGUUAUUUAGGCAUUGGCAAGGUAUCUUAUCACUUUCAUUUGGGUUAAAUUUAUAAGAAAUUAAACGAUCCUGAACAACAGAUGUACCCAUUUUGAUGGUUUCUUGGAUCCACAUGUAUUUUAUGCUGCUCAGUUUCCUUUGUAAUUAUGAGUUAAAAUGUUAAUGGGGUGAACAGGAAGCAGUAAUAUGUAUGCAACAUUUAACUGCCAACCCCAUCAAUACUUGCUUUUAGUCUAAAAAAAUCCAGUUGUUAAAGAUAAUUUGGUGCCAUUAAUUUUUUUUCUCUUUUGAGUCCCAGGCUGUCACAUCAGUGCUUUUCUAGUUGUAGGAUGAUGUCAGAGUCAUAAAGCAGUCCAUGCCCAUGGUGUUCAUUGUCCAGUAGUGUGUCCUGAUGUCAGAAAAAUUCUGCAACAGUUUGAGAAAACACAAGGACCAGCUGUCAGACUGGUCUCCUUGUUUUAAUAUUUAACAAUUCAGUGAUAUGGGAUUGAAACUUUGUAUUCAAAGGGAUAAUAACUCUUUGUAUGAGAUCUAUAUUUCACAAUGAAAACAUUGUGAAUAACUCAUAGAAAUAUAAUAUA